AAGCGGUCGCUGUCUGUGCUCUGUGCAGAGACAGGUGCAAGCCCAGCUGGGCUGGGUCUUCCGCGUCACCGAGCCCAUCUCCUGGGGGAUGGGGUGGGCUGUGUUUCCUUGACGGACUUUUGAGAGCCCCCAACCCCCGGCGGAGCGGAGGAGACCAUGGCCCCUCAGGGCUCCCGGGCCGAGCUGGAAUUCGGAGGACCCCUGGGCGCUGCGGCACUGAUGCUGCUGCUCCCCGCCACCAUGUUCCACCUGCUACUGGUAGCCCGCUCGGGCCCGGCGCGCCUCCUGGGCCCACCCCCUUACCUGCCGGAACUCGAGGAGCUGUGGAGCCCGUGGGCGCUGUUGCUGUGUCUCACCUGGCUCGGCCUGCAGGCGGGGCUCUACCUCUUGCCGGCGCGCAAGGUGGCCGAGGGGCAGGAACUGAAGGACAAGAGUAGACUGCGCUACCCCAUUAACGGCUUCCAGGCCCUGGUGCUGACAGCCCUGUUGGUGGGCCUGGGGGUGUCAGCCGGGCUGCCCCUGAGCGCGCUCCCGGAAAUGCUCCUGCCCUUGGCCUUUGCGGCCACCCUCACCGCCUUCAGCUUCAGCCUCCUUCUCUAUCUGAAGGCUCUGGUAGCCCCUGCCUCUGCCCUGGCACCCGGGGGGAACUCAGGCAAUCCCAUUUACGACUUUUUCCUGGGACGGGAGCUCAACCCGCGCAUCUGUUCCUUUGACUUCAAAUAUUUCUGCGAACUGCGGCCUGGCCUCAUCGGCUGGGUCCUCAUCAACCUGGCCUUGCUGAUGCAGGAAGCAGAACUUCGAGGGAGUCCCUCACUGGCCAUGUGGCUGGUCAAUGCCUUCCAGCUACUAUAUGUGGGUGAUGCCCUUUGGCACGAGGAGGCGGUCCUCACCACCAUGGACAUCAUACAUGACGGGUUUGGCUUCAUGCUGGCCUUUGGGGACCUCGCCUGGGUACCCUUCACCUACAGCCUGCAGGCCCAGUUCCUGCUGUACCACCCAGAGCCCCUGGGGUUGCCCCUGGCCUCGGUCAUCUGCCUCAUCAAUGCUGUUGGUUACUACAUCUUCCGUGGAGCCAACUCUCAGAAAAACACCUUCAGGAAGAAUCCUUCUGAUCCCAGAGUGGCUGACCUUGAGACCAUCUCUACAGCCACAGGGCGACGGCUGCUGGUGUCUGGGUGGUGGGGUAUGGUCCGCCAUCCCAACUACCUUGGAGACCUCAUCAUGGCUCUGGCCUGGUCCUUGCCCUGCGGGGUGUCCCACCUGUUGCCCUACUUCUACCUCCUUUACUUCACUGCGCUGCUGGUACACCGUGAGGCCCGGGAUGAACAGCAGUGUCUGCAGAAGUAUGGCCUGGCCUGGCACGCAUACUGCCAGCGUGUGCCCUACCGAAUCGUGCCCUACAUCUACUGAAGCAGCUCCACGUGUCCCAGCUCGGGCCACGUGCCCACCCAGCUGCCAGCACACCCAGCACCAGGAGCCUGGACUCACCUGGCACUCAAGGGCCUGCACCCUA